UCCUGCCUCCUCUCCCAGGCCUCCCUCCGGCUCUGUGGCAGGGAGUCGGGACCAGAACAGGAUCCCGGAUCACCGGAGACCCAUCCAGGCAGACAGCUCCGGGACCAAGUGGCUGCGGCCGUCCGGCUCACAGCUCCUGCCGCCGUGUCACCGCGGCGGCCACCACCCGCUGAGGCAGCAGCUGUUCACGGUUCCAGGCGGAUCUGUAACUCCGGGUCUGGACGCUUUCUGACAGAGUCUCCCAUCCCUUCUCUCUGCUCAGCGUGGGGCUGUGGUUCAGAGAUCUGGCCUGAGUUUGGAGGAUCUCUCCGUUUUUCUGGAAGAAUGAGCACCUACACAGUGACCCUGCCAGGCCCCGGGCCCUGGGGCUUCAGGUUGCAGGGAGGAAAGGACUUCAACAUGCCACUGACUAUCUCCAGGAUCACCCCGGCCAGCAAGGCGGCGCAGGGGAACCUGAUCCAGGGGGACGUCAUCGUCGCCAUCGACGGCAUCAGCACCGAGGGGAUGACUCACCUGGAGGCCCAAAACAAAAUCAAGAUGGCCCAUCACAACCUGGCACUCACCAUGACCAAGUCGAAGCGUCCCAUUCCAAUGGCGCCGCCAAGAAUGGAUGCAGCAAUUCCCAUGAUCCCACACCAGCAGAAUGUCCUCAUUCAGAACAGUGAGAGUCGCUGGUCCUCACAGACGGAGUCGGUGCAGGUAAAUGGCCGCCCAUCGGCCUCGUCCGAGCCUGUAGAGGUAGGCUCUCCAGGGAGGAGAGGGGCAGCGGUCAGCCCCAGUCAGAGGAGGCAGUAUAACUCCCCCAUCGGCCUGUACUCAGAGGAGACUCUGAGGGAGAUGGCAGCCAUGCAGGCGGGUCGGCCUGUGGGUUCUGUCUCAGGUAAAGACCAGCUGGUGGACAGUACCUCCCCGGUCUAUCAGGCGGUCCAGAUCACAGAGAAGGACCAGGACCUGAAUGUCUGGGGCCGCCGCAGCACCAGCGCCCAGUCCAAGACCUUCCAGAUCCUGGCCCACAUGACCCGCACAGAGUCCUCUCCACAGCUACAGCAGGAGGAGGAUGAGGAGGUGAUGAAGAGGAGCAGCCAGUACGGAAUACCCCCACCUAUGCACCAGGCUCCGCCCCCUCAGCACUACCAGCAGCCACCUACACAACAAGCCCCGCCCACCCAGCAGAGCUCCAUUCAGAUUCCUGUUGGCUCCGCCCCCCCUAAGGUUGUCAGCACAGCCUGCAUCUACCCCUCCCAGCCAGUUUCGGCUCCAGUCCCCACCCAGCCCCGCCCUCCAGCUGCCGCCCCAGCCCCGCCUCCAUUUGGUCCAGCUUCCGCCACCUCCAACAGACCGCCGUGGGUGACUGACACCAACUUCGCCGAUAAGUUUGACCCUGGUAAGACCACCACCACCUCCAUGAAGGUUCAGCCGCUUCCUCAAGCAGCCCCUCCCCCACCAGCAUUCAUCCCUAAUCCCUCCCCUGCUGGACCAGCUGCUCUCAGCCCUGCCCCCAUCACACCUAGCCCCGCCCCUUUCCUUCCUGUGGCGAGGGGUGUGGCCCAAAGAGCAGAGAGAUUUGCUGCCAGCAGCCGUACACCUCUGUGUUCAGCGUGCAACAGCGUCAUCAGGGGGCCCUUCCUGGUGGCCCUUGGCCGGUCCUGGCACCCCGAGGAGUUUAACUGUCACUAUUGCCACGUCUCUCUGGCCGAUGUCAGCUUCGUGGAAGAGCAGAACAACGUUUACUGUGAGAACUGCUACGAGGAGUUCUUCGCCCCAACCUGCGCCCGCUGCAACACCAAGAUCAUGGGGGAAGUGAUGCACGCCCUGCGGCAGACGUGGCACACCACCUGCUUCGUGUGUGCAGCCUGUGGAAAACCGUUUGGAAACAGCCUGUUCCACAUGGAGGACGGAGAACCGUACUGUGAGAAAGAUUACAUCGCCCUCUUCAGCACCAAAUGUCACGGCUGCGACUUCCCGGUGGAAGCUGGAGAUAAAUUCAUCGAGGCUCUGGGUCACACCUGGCACGACACCUGCUUCGUCUGUGCGGUCUGCCAUGUGAACCUGGAGGGUCAGCCCUUCUACUCCAAGAAAGACAAACCUCUGUGCAAGAAGCACGCUCACGCCAUCAACGUGUAGACCUGCAGCUGACCGAGCAGACACAAACCCACAGCUCUACACCAGCCGGAUGUAAACACACUGAUUUAGGUUUAUUUGUGCAUUACUGAUGUUGACACGAUGCUGCCUGAUGAUUCAGCUUCCAGACGGAAACUCCUGCUGGUUUCUUCUGUUUUCUGCCACUGUGCUGUUCAGUUCAGAAACAGCUGGCUUCAUCCAGAGCCUCAGAGGGCAAAUAAACCCUUAAAUUAUAGGAAAAUGGAUUUACUCACCACAGAACAUCCAGAUAUGUUUGAAAAGAUUUAUUUUUAUUGUUAGUUUUCAGUUCAAAUAUAUAAAGAAGUUUUAACAGAAUGUUUUAGAUUUUAAAUCUUUGCCAUCUUAUUUAUUUUAAACAUAAAACAUCAUAAAACAACAUUUUCUUAUUUCAAUUUUUUUUUAAGAAAUUGAUGAAGUUUAAAGCUUUUAUUUUUCUGUGAUAAAAUUCCUCAUAAUUUACUACUGACAAUAUUUUUUAAUCAAUCUGCAGAUCUGUUGAGGUGGUCUUCCUCGUUACGUCUAAUUCCUUUCAUUAUUACUUUUAUUUUGUUGUAUAAAGAUUAUUUCAGUUUAACAGAAACAUUGUUCAUCCAGAGCAGCUGGCCAAUUUCUGGAGCUUUAAUCUCAUUGUUUUGAGAUCUGUCAAGGUUCUAAGCUCGGUUCUGGAUUUGGUGAUGAUCACUGAACUGAACAGCAGAGCAUUGGAUCAGGAGGCCUAACACAAACUGCCAGCAGAUAGGUCCAGAUCCCACAGAUGAGGCUUUACUCACGUCUCUCUGCAGCAGCUUCCUGCUAGAGGUCAAAUUUGGAAAUUAUGGAAACUCAAGCUCAGUGAUGUCGUCAGGAACAAAUCUGAUCAGAGUCAACUCUGACCUUCAGCCUGAAAUCAGCCACAGUUACAAAAUGAUGCAAAAAGCCUCGACAUGACCAGAGCUGGGGUACAGAAAACAGGACUGACUGAAAAGAGAUUUUAAAAGAUCAAAACAACCAAAAAAUGAUUCAAAAUGGCCACGAACUGGUUAUUAAUGAACUGAUCCUUUGCAACCUGUUGCUGGUCUUUCUGGAACUGUUGUUCCUGCAGAUGAAGCUGCUGCAGAAUCUGAGGGAAGCGAUGAAGAUGAUCCUCCUUCAUCCUUCACCUUUAACAAAUAUCUUCUUCUUUUAUAUUUAUUGAUGCUUCUGACAAUGUUUAUGGAAAUAUGGAUUUGUCCUCACUGUUUGAUGUCACUAAGUGUAUUUUGGAGUGUUGAUUUUAUUUGAUUUUCUGUAACUAAACUGUAAACAUUACAAGCUGCUACAGAUCAGAUGUUCAUGUUUAAAUGGGUUUGUUUGCACUGCAGAGCUUUAGAACCACUUUCACUAAUUUACAAGGUUCUGCUGAUGGUCCAGAUGGAGCUGCAUAAAGAUAUGUUCAGGAAAUUGGUCAGUUUUAACUAAAUCACACAUUGAUGAAACAAAAACACAAUGCGUAAACCAGUCGGAAGCUAAAAUUUAGCAGCUGUUCACAGUCUGCAGAUACUUUUAUAAACCUAGAAAUGGAAAUUACUUCCUUAUUAAUAUUUAAAAAUAGCUAUAUGUUAUAAUUAGAAACAAACCCGAGCCCAGAAAACCCAUCAAGAACUCAGACAGUUGGCCAUCUAAGUUCUUUAUUAAGACGGUAAAAAAAAGAAAUCUGCAGACGAACCUGGUUUCAGCAUUCAGAAGAAAUCUGGUAAAAUCUGAGUCUGUUUGAUCAGAAUCUGGACUAAAAACCAUCUAGGUACAAGUUUAAGGGUGGGAAGAACCAGAGAGGGACUUGAAGAUUACUUUUUGGACUGGAGACACAAUGCUGCUAACUACAAAUAAUGUGUUUUAGCGCUCCUGGUGGCCAGUUCAGGAACUGCAUUCAGACAAAAUCAUUUUCUUCUUUCCUGCAUCUCUGCUGCUUCUUUUAGACCGAGUUUUAGGACCACCAGUUUCAGCAGACGCUAUUAAUAUCCAGGUCUGUGCUGUCUGCCAGAAAGAGCCAGCAAAGAAAAUCAAUGAAAAACAGAAACAAUCACACUCUCUGCUCUGCUGCCACACAUAAACAACCCCUGAUGUACCUAAACUCCUCCUUCUGAAGAAGUGACUCCAUCAGUUUUUGACUCACGGCCAAGGAAAGUUAAUUCUUAUCUACAUUAUCUAUAUUUUUAUCCACACAGAAAACUAGGAGAGCCCCACCUGUUACAGCCAACAGGAGAAUGUCAUCUGCAUAGAAACAAAGAUCAUCUGCUAAGUUUGCUAAACCUCCCAGGAGGUUGGAUCCAUCGUUUGCAGCAUAGAGACAUUAGGUGAAUGUUGGAGUUGGUAUCUGUCAUGGCCUAGAUGUAAUUCAGGAACCAAACAACAUUUUGGUUUAGUUUGAAAGUUAUUUUGACUUUAUUCGAUAUAAUAAAUAAAUUUCUACUGAUAUAAUUUCUUCUGAUUUUAGUCAUACUGCACAUGAUCCAGGGCUUCCCCAUAAGAAAUAUUAUGAUAUUUUUUUCCCAUCUAUAGGACAAUGAAGACUGGAAUGUUUUCAAACCAAUACCCUCUGAACCCCGUUCUUAAUUUGUGCUAUUUUCAGAGAAAACGUGGACUUUUUUGGUGUACAGAAACACAAAAGCAAAUAAACUAUUCAGUUUUUACUAGAAAACAUUGUUGUAUAAACAGGGCCCAAAUUCUCACAGAAAUCCUGAACAGAACUAGCAACGUUUUUGCUAAUUGUCAGAAGAAAUUACUGCACUUUCAUUGAUUUAUACUCAUAAAACUCUUUAUAGCAGCAUCUAGUGGCCAAUAAAGAAACUACAGCAACACAGAGCACAGAAAGGUGAAUUCAAGUCCGAUCUCUUGUUUAAAUUUGUCUUCGCUGAAGAGCGAAUAAGAACAUAAACACAGAAUAUUGUCUGCGCUGGGUCUGUUUAGGCAUUUUGAACAUAGGCCCCGUUUCCACUGCAGGCAAAUGUGGCCCACGUCUGAUUUUUCGGGGGUCAAGUGUGAACGCUCAUAUCGGUCCGUAUCUGACUUUUUCAAGUCCCAUUUGAGCCACAUUCUUAUGUGGUCCUGAAUCCAACUCGUAUCUGAUCUUAUAGAAUGUGGCUCCAGUGGAAACGACCAAGGCAGAUUAAAUGGGAUUUUGAGGUCACUUUCCGUCGCAUUCGUCACAAUUUUGCUCCGCCCAGCAGGAAACGGUAGCAGUUAGCAAAACAGACGGGGGGCUACGAUAGUACUGCACAGUGGAGAGACAGCAAGACGUUAGAGGUCGUUAAUAAACAGAGAUAAAACUUUAUUCAAGCCUAAUUAAAAGGCUCAUAGGAACCAUCUGGAUGUGGGACAUAGUUUGUAUUGUAAAAUUCGUAAAUAACCGUUCAAACAGAGGACUUUAAAAUGCUAUCGAGGUUACCGAGCCCCUGCUGCAGUCCAAUAUGCUGGAUUCCAUUAAGUCUUCUGGCUGUGGAGUUGAGAGGAGAGACGCUGACAUAUAUGAUUAAAAGUUGCCCUCAACAUGAUAAAGUUCAGAAUAAACUCAGUCUCUGUAAAGUUAACAUCCCUGGCCCACCAUUGCUGGCUGUGUCUCUGCAUCCAGUUUGUUGUGGUGAAUCGGCAGUCAGAUCUCCCUAAACCGGAACAAUAAAGACUUUCACUCUCCUUUUAUUCACGUGUUUCCCACCCAGCACCCGCUGAUAAUAAAUAGGUUCUGUUGUACACUUGAACCAUAACACCUAUUUCUCUGUGUUUACAGUUGUGCUGCGCUUGUUGACACUCAUAUUGUUCUUAUGCGCAUGCAGGUCAAUUUGGACAUUUUCAAAGUAAUGCGAACAACCACAGAAAAAAAAAAUCAGAUUCCUGAAAAAAUCGGAUUUGAGCUUUAAGACCUGCAGUGGAAACGUAGCCAUAGAUUUAUAAAAAAAAUAAUGUAGCAGUACCUUCAGCAACCACAGGUGUCGCUAAAAUCAACCUGUACUUUACCUCAGUUAUUCGUACGUCACCAGGCUAAAACCUCUCCUCUGUCGUAAAAUUAAAGGAAUAUUUGUAUCUUUUUCACUUGUUUUAGAGCCAUCUUGUGGUUAUUUACGGAACUACAACCAAAACAAUUUGUUUUGCAGCGUGAACAAACUCUCAGAUACACUGAAUGUAUGAUACAUAUUUUUAGAAGAUUGUUUUAUUCACAGAGUUUCUGUGUUUACAUUUAAAGCGUUCAGAGUGAAUUGUGCCUUUUUCAUCAGCAGCUCUGUGAUCAGUUCAUGUCUGAACUUCAUCUCCGCUCGGUCCGACUGGUACAUGGUCUGUGUACAGUUUUUACUCCUUAUUGUCCUUUUAUACAGUUUGUUUUUCGGAGUGUGAAUGUGUGCAUGCAGAGCAGUUUGUGGCAGCAUGUCAGUAUUAGUUUAUAGUCACAGAAAGAGACGUGCUAACCUCACAGUUUUGGUUGUAGGGAAUGUUCACUGAAGAAAGAAGCUCAAGUUUGAAUAAAAUCAGCUUACAUGUUUAA